AUGACGGACCGUGUCAUCAUGAUCGCGCUGGGCGGCGCAUCCUGCUCCGGCAAGACGACGCUGGCCAAGUUCCUCAAGCAGAUCCUGCCGCCCGAACGAACGUUUAUCCUGCACCAAGAUGAUCUCACGCCGCCCGCCGAGCGAUUACCGAUACAUCCCAUCUACGGCGUUCAGGAUUGGGACAGUCCCGAGACAGCAUUAGAGUGGUCGCGCUUCAACAAAGUGCUCAGCUACAUUCGGCAGCAUGCAGCCCUGCCGCCUCCACCGCUCUACUCUUCGCAUGACCAUAUGAACAAGCAAAACGAUCUGCCGCUACCGGAUGGCUUGAUUGAGCAUUGGCGACAAGUAUUCGCGGAGCUAGACGAACGGCAAACGUCCUUUUGCAUCGUCGACGGCUUUCUCAUGUACUGGGAUCGACAAGCCAACGCGCAAUACGAUAUCAAGCUAUUUGUUCGCGAGGACGAAGCGAUACUGCGCAAGCGGAGAGAGGAGAGGAACGGCUACAACACAGCAGAAGGGGAAAUGUGGCAAGAUCCGCCGGGAUACUGGCAGAACAUCGUCUGGCCAGCUUACCUAAAGGCGCAUCGUCAUCUCUUCCGAGCCGGCGACGUCGAGCAUGGUCGGGCCAUCAAGAGCGACAGCACAGUCAAUGGGCACGCGGCUCCAAACGCCGAUUUGCUCGUUCUAGAAGCGUCGCAGUACUCUAUGGCGGACAUCGUUCGGCGGUCUUGCGAGGAGAUCCGGGACUAUCUCAUUCAAGCGUCUUGA